UCUGUCUGUCUGUCUGUCUGCCUGUCUGCCUGUCUGUCUGUCUGCCUGUCUGUCUGAUCACUCCAGGCUGCCGCACAUUCACUUCUGAUCAGGAAGAAAAUUUUCAAAGAUGAAGAACAAAGUCAGCAGCACUCAUGUCAGUGUAAAGAGGCGGUCCUGGUCCUGGCAGCAGUACCUUAAUGAACAGAAAGCUGAAGAUGCUCCUCUGUUGCUGUUUACACAGUCCCAGUCCUUUCCCAGUAGGAGAGCAGGUUUUAAAGUUGGGAUGAAGCUGGAGGGAGUCGACCCGCUCCACCCGUCCAUGUUCUGUGUGCUGACAAUCGCAGAGGUGAUAGGCUGUCGGUUACGUCUUCAUAUUGACGGGUACUCGGAGUGCUAUGACUUCUGGGUAAACGCUGACUCCGCCCACAUCAGACCGGCGGGAUGGUGUAAAGACAGCAACCACAAGCUCCACCCACCCAAAGGUCACAGUGAGACACAAUUUGAUUGGCCCAUCUACCUUCAGUCCACCGGCUCUCAUGCUGCCCCGCCCACACUGUUCACCCGUCGCACUGAAAGCUGUGAUUUCUCUGUGGGGAUGAGGUUGGAGGCGGUCGACAGGAAGAACCCUGGACUGGUCUGUGUCGCCUCUGUUGCUGAUGUCAUCGAUGACCAGCUUCGAGUUCAUUUUGACAACUGGGAUGACACAUAUGACUACUGGUGUGACAGCAGCAGUCCUUACAUCCAUCCUGUUGGCUGGUGUGAAGAACAGGGGCGCCCCCUGACUGCUCCACAGGGUACUACACCCGUACAUACAUUCCUCACGCUGUCACACUCUGAACUCUGCAGCAUCACCAUGUGCUCUCUUUGCUCAGGUCAUCCAAGUCCAGAGAACUUCCUGUGGGAGGACUACCUGCAGGAAACUGGUUCCACUGCUGCUCCCAGUUCAGCAUUCACACUGAGAGCCCCUCAUGGUUUCCAGGUGAACCACAGACUAGAAGCGGUCGACAGGAGGAACCCCAUGCUUAUCCGUGUUGCCACGGUAACAGAUACAGAAGACUUUAGGGUGAAGGUUCAUUAUGACGGCUGGUCGCAGCAGUUUGAUGUCUGGUGUGACAGCGACCUCAGUGAUCUCCAUCCUGUCGGCUGGUGUCAACGCACAGGACACCCACUGGACACGCCCCCAGGUUCUUCCCCCCUCUCCUCUCCCCCUCAGGGUGUGUGUCCAACCCCAGGCUGCAGAGGCAUCGGACACAUUAAAGGGGCAAAAUACAAUGGACACCACAGUGCCUUCGGCUGUCCGUACUCAGACAUUAACAUGCGUAAAGAGGUGGUACUUCCUGAUAGGUUGGGAGGAGAGCGAGUCGUCACUCUGGUUCCUUUCACACAAUUUCACCGUGGCAACCAUCCCGACAGUAUUCAGGUGAAGAUGGAGAACGUUGACCUGCCGCUGCUGCCUCUGGGGAAAAGAAGAAUGACAGACAGAGUGUCUCAGCCAACCAAAUUCCUCCGUGUGAAAAAGGAAGAGAAGCUUCACCCGGGAGCCCUCGGUCCAGCAGAGUCCAGUCUGCAGGCCACCCUCCACCAGUCUGUCUUCCUGUCGGCCAUGUCGGCUCAGCCUGGACGCGACCUGUCUCUCUGCUGGGAGCAACACCGCAAACUUCUGCCAGGGCUGACCGGAGUCCACGCAGAGACCGUCCAACAGUGGAGUGUCCAGCAGGUGUCAGACUUUGUGGAGUCUCUUCCUGGCUGUGAGGAUCAGGCAAAACUGUUCAGAGAUGAGCAAAUUGAUGGGCGAGCCUUCCUCCUCCUCACCCAAAGAGACAUCAUCAGGAUCAUGUCAAUCAAACUUGGUCCCGCCCUCAAAAUCUACAACUCCAUCCUUAUGUUCAAACAUGCUGAGGACAGGAACCAAUCACACACUGAGGACAGGAGCCAAUCACACACUGAGGACAGGAACCAAUCACACACUGAGGACAGGAACCAAUCACACAAUGAGGACAGGAACCAAUCACACACUGAGGACAGGAGCCAAUCACACACUGAGGACAGGAACCAAUCACACACUGAGGACAGGAACCCAUCACACACUGAGGACAGGAACCCAUCACACACUGAGGACAGGAGCCAAUCACACACUGAGGACAGGAACCCAUCACACACUGAGGACAGGAACCAAUCACACACUGAGGACAGGAACCAAUCACACACUGAGGACAGGAACCCAUCACACACUGAGGACAGGAACCAAUCACACACUGAGGACAGGAACCCAUCACACACUGAGGACAGGAACCCAUCACACACUGAGGACAGGAACCAAUCACACACUGAGGACAGGAACCAAUCACACACUGAGGACAGGAACCCAUCACACACUGAGGACAGGAACCAAUCACACACUGAGGACAGGAACCCAUCACACACUGAGGACAGGAACCCAUCACACACUGAGGACAGGAACCAAUCACACACUGAGGACAGGAACCCAUCACACACUGAGGACAGGAACCCAUCACACACUGAGGACAGGAACCAAUCACACACUGAGGACAGGAACCUCAGUGAGGACAGGAACCAAUCAGACACUGAGGACAGGAAACAAUCACACACUGAGGAGAGGAACCAAUCACACAAUGAGGACAGGAACCAAUCACACACUGAGGACAGGAACCUAUCACACACUGAGAACAGGAACCAAUCACACACUGAGGACAGGAACCAAUCACACACUGAGGAGAGGAACCAAUCAAAUAUUCAGGACAGGAACCAAUCACAUGCUGAGGACAAGACCCAUGCUGACGACAGGAACCAAUCACACACUGAGGACAGGAGCCAAUCACACACUGAGGACAGGAACCAAUCACACACUGAGGAGAGGAACCAAUCAAAUAUUCAGGACAGGAACCAAUCACAUGCUGAGGACAGGAACCUAUCACAUGCUGAGGACAAGACCCAAUCACAUGCUGACGACAGGAACCUAUCACACACUGAGGACAGAAUCCAAUUACAUGUUGAGGACAGGGACAGGGACAAAUCAAAUGCUGCAAAUGCAACCCCUGGAAACUGCAAGUCAUGACUUGGCCAAUUAGAAAAAAUCUGAUUGAAGUCCCACAGUCUGUAGGAGGGUCUACAUUACCAGCCAAUCAUGGAAAAGAUUACUUUGUGAUAUCACAGUUUUUUAUCUCAGGUGUUUCUGUGGUCACAUUAUGUCAUGUAGGACGUUCUUCUCAAAGCUACAGACUAGGCCUCGCCUCUUUUUGCGGGCUGGACAAAAACCAGUUUGCAAAGAAUCCUUGGGGCCUAAAGUACACACCUGCUGUGGUGAAAAUCACAAGACAGCUUUGAUUUUAUAUAAGCUAUGGAUGGAACAGAAACCACUAAACAGGACCAGACUCAUUGAGAACAGACAGAAACCUCCAACAGGACCAGACUCAUUGAAACAGACAGUAACCUCCAACAGGACCAGACUCAUUGAGAACAGACAGAAACCUCCAACAGGACUAGACUCUUAGAGAACAGGCAGAAACCUGGAUCAGAACCAGACUCAUGAUGAACAGACAGAAACCUGGAUCAGAACCAGACCCAUGAUG